ACCCACCUUCUAAUCUCCUUAGAGCCCUUAGCCAGGAUGGAGGCUGUCAUGAAUUUGUACCAGGAGAUGAUGAAGCAUGCAGAUCCCCGGAUCCAGGGCUAUCCUCUGAUGGGAUCUCCCUUGCUAAUGACGUCCAUCCUCCUGACCUACGUGUAUUUUGUUCUCUCGCUUGGACCACGAAUUAUGGCCAAUCGGAAGCCCUUCCAGCUUCGUGGUUUCAUGAUUGUCUACAACUUCUCCUUGGUGGCGCUCUCCCUAUACAUUGUCUAUGAGUUCUUGAAUUCUGGCUGGCUGACUACCUAUACGUGGCGCUGUGACCCUGUGGACUACUCCAACAACCCCGAGGCACUGAGGAUGGUUCGAGUAGCCUGGCUCUUCCUUUUCUCCAAGUUCAUUGAAUUGAUGGACACAGUGAUCUUUAUUCUCCGGAAAAAAGAUGGCCAGGUGACCUUUCUCCAUGUUUUCCACCACUCAGUGCUUCCCUGGAGCUGGUGGUGGGGAAUCAAAAUUGCCCCAGGAGGAAUGGGCUCUUUCCAUGCUAUGAUCAACUCCUCUGUGCAUGUCAUCAUGUACCUGUACUAUGGACUGUCUGCCCUUGGCCCUGUGGCUCAGCCCUACCUUUGGUGGAAAAAGCACAUGACAGCCAUUCAGCUGAUCCAGUUUGUUCUGGUUUCGCUGCACAUCACCCAAUACUACUUCAUGCCCAGUUGUAGCUACCAGUACCCUGUCAUCAUCCACCUCAUCUGGAUGUACGGCACGAUCUUCUUUGUGCUCUUCUCCAAUUUCUGGUAUCACUCCUACACCAAAGGCAAACGGCUGCCCCGUGCAUUGCAGCAAAAUGGAGCUCCAGGUACUGCCAAGGUCAAGGCCAACUGAAUAAUAUGGCUCAGCCUGGUGCCCACCUAAGUGCCUCAGGACUGCACCUUGGGCAGCAUCCGUCAGUGUCCUCCCCACCUACACCUGUGAUCAGGUCAGGACUGAGCAGGGGACAGGCUCUCCCCUCCCCACAGCUGGCACACAGGGACCACUUCCGUUCCUCGCCUACUUCUCAUGGUCAGCCCCAGGGACGUGGCCUCAAUGCCUUCUGCCACUGAGUGGAGAGCUGCAAGGGCUGGACACUUAAUCUCCUCUCCCUGCCUUAAACUUGGGAGAGGAGCACUCAGGGCUGGCCCCCAUCAGGGCCUCGUGGCCUUUUUCCUCACACUGAAGAGGUCAGCAAUAAUCUGUCACUGUGGACUCAGGCUCCUUCCUUACCACCCCACGCUGAAGCAGGAGCUUCUUGGCCAAAGGUCAGGGUGGCUGGGGGCCUGGGAAUGCAGCCAUUGGAGGCUGCUCACUCUUUGUCUUCAUUAAAUGUGACAGAGGAAA